AUGACCAGGAUCCUACGUAAAGCCUGUCGAGCCUGCACCGCUGCCAAACGGCGAUGCAUCGUGCAACUGCCUCAAUGUCAGCGGUGCCAGACCCGGCAGAUCGACUGUGUCUACGACCUCGAGCCCUUGGUGGGUAGGUCUUCAAGGACCAGUACCAGCCUCAAAGGAUCCACGGCCGAUGACGAUGGCGACCUCUCGCACAAUGCCAAGUUCCUUCGUUAUGUUUCAUCUCUGCACAUGGAUCCUGAAAGGGUCGCUGUCGAGUGUUACCAGAACCCAACCACUCAAUACCCUGUAAUCUCCAAGGUUCCUAUCUCUGCCGACUUCUUUACCGUCGGAUACUUGGCCCAUGAAUUGCUGGACAUGGCCGAUUCGGUGGCCUUCAGUCAAUCGGCCGCAUACAUACACCCCCAAAGGAAGCCUCGGCCUCGGCCAGCACUUCUCGGGCCAGACUUCGACGUUCAAAGUCGAAAGACUAUUUACAGUGAUACAACGCAGUGUACUAGGCUUUGUGACCUGCUAUGCGCACUUUACAAUUCUCGCGAGCCACUGUCCGACAUCUUACAAGCCUUUCAAAUUCUCCUCGCCCACCUGACGCGGCUCCUUCUCUCCAAUGAACAGACCAUUCCUCAACACAAGGAGAAACUUCUUGGCUAUACAAGAAGGUUAGCGAUGAAGUUGGUCAAGGACGCGCCCAGUAUGAUACCGUCAAACCUCUCUCGAUGGGAAGCUUGGAUCUUGGCAGAAAGCGUGCGACGAGCAGUACUGAUGAGCUGUCUUAUACAAGGCGUAUAUCAUGGCUGGGCGCGAGGAUAUUGCUAUCAUGAGCUGUUCAUUCAAGCACUGCCGUUCGAUAUUCGCCCUGGUAUGUGGACUGCUGGAUCCGAAGGAGAAUGGGAAGCGCUCUUGGAUCUGUGUACGGAGACACAUGGCUCUGGGAACCACGGAGCGACGAAUUUGGCUGCCUUCCACGAAUUCGCGUCUAGUUUUGCCCGAGCUCCAUUUGAUCCAGGAGCUGAUACUUUCCAAAGGCUGUUGCUGAUGGCGCACCAUGGAAAAGCACCUGUGGACAGGGUGCUGGGCGUGUGCUGA